GUUCUCUCUCUCUCUCUUCCUUCCCCCCCUCCUCCCUCUCUGUCCCUUCAAGUUCAAACGUUCUGUCUGCAGACUGGUCAUCACAUGUGUUACUGCAUUCCAGUGUCUUAGAUCAACGCUUUGCCCAAUCCUGUUAUGCUGAGUGGCUAACGUUUUCAUUGACCCCCCUUCGAAUCGUUGCAGUGGACAUAAUUAACUUGGAUUGCUAAAUGCUCAUGAGAUGACUGAAGAGUUCUUAUCACCUGCAAAAUGAAGACUAAUCAUUGAACACUGAAACUGGCUGCUUAGACUGAUUAGAGAUUUGCCUGGGAUGCUGAAUGCAACACUUCUAGACAUGGGUGUGGAUGAGACUGAGGAUUCUACUUUAACUCCUCUGUUAAUAGAUGAGUCGACUCCCAAAAGGUACAAUUUUUCAAGGCAGAACAGGAAUGAUGAUACCACCGACGAGAGCAUUGGGACUCUGCAGGACUUUCACAUCUUUUUCCUGGAAAUACACGGCUAUGCCAGUCUUGUCGUUUGUGCCUUUGGUAUAUUGACCAAUGUCCUAAACAUCACAGUUCUGAUGGCAAAGGAUAUGAGAACUGCCACCAAUCACCUGUUGACCUUCCUGGCCAUCGCAGACAUUUUAACGAUGCUUCCGUAUAUUCCCUUUGUGCUACACUUCUACUGUCCACCUGCUGACCCUUAUGAUUCUCCGGAAAAGUUUUCGUACAGUUGGAUCGUGUAUAUGAUUAUUAUAAUCAGCUUACUGGCCACGACGCACACAAUAGCCAUCUGGCUGGCGGUCACUCUUGCAGCGUUUCGAUUUAGUCAGAUUCGGUCACCGUGCCCCAGAGGACCAAUGGCUAAAGAAAUGCGCGUCCGGCAGGUGAAGAUAGCCGCGGCAGUGGUGUACAUUACAUCAGUAGUGGUGAUGAUUCCUAAUUAUCUCUCUCAUGAGAUUAUAAAACUUCCAAUGCCUCGCCACAUCAAUGUUUCUGCCUUUGGUCUUAAAGAAAUGCACUACGGCACCAAAGACAUUGAUUUGAUCAUACUCACCAACAUCCUUACAUACGCCAUACUUGCUAAAAUUUUGCCUUGUAUCUUGAUUCUCGUGUUCAGCGGUUCUCUGUUAUACCACAUGGGUAUAAAGGCGGCAAGGAGGCGCCAGCGGCUUUCCGUCUCCUGUCAACAAGUGCAGACCACGAGGAUGCUCCUGGUCGUUCUACUCAUGUUCAUCAUCACCGAGCUUCCACAGGGCGUCUUGAACGUCCUGAGCGCCCUAGUGCCGGAUUUUUACCUAAACUUUCACUACCCGUUAACCGAUCUAAUGGAUUUCGUGGCGCUGGUGAACAACGCGAUCAACUUCGUGCUGUAUUGCGUCAUGAGCCAGCAGUUUCGGGAGAAGUUCUUCAGCAUCUACAUCAAGCCCAUCUGUGAGAGGAGGAGGACGAUGAUUACCUCCAACUCGGAGCUGCUGAUUCUGCGGGAACAUCCGCCUAGGACCAUGACGACCACGACCCACGAAGAGACGCUGAGAGUAUGACUAAGAAAGAAAGUGACCAACUCGUACUUCUGACUUGCGGUCUAACAGCAUAGCAAUCAGUCCUGACAUUAUCAAGUGGACAUUGCUCAAAUAAAAAGAAAAGAGGAAGAUUCUCAUCUGAUUCAUUCUCUCUAUGAGAUCGAUCUAAAAUGUUUGUUUGAGUUUUCUGGCGGCGGAGAUGGAAGUGGUAGACACAAGGUCGAUACCAUUAUUGAUCUAAAUGAGUUAAAAUCAGCAAUGAUCACGUACUUGCACCAACUAGCUGGAUAUUUCCUACAAUCUGGAGUUUAUAAUUUACAACAAACACUCUUGUUUUGAUCAUCAGCAAUUCAUAAACAAUCUUCUUUCUUUUCCUUUUUUAUUUUUGGAUCAGGUUAAAAAUUCAACUACUUAAAAGUAACAAGUUAAAUGUUUUCUAGCAUAGAUAUGUAAUGCUAUUUGAAGUUAUUCAAGGUUACUUUGCAUGUUUUAUACGUUGAUAGUGUAAAGAAAUGGAUGUCAGGUGCAUAAUUUGCCUACAUUUAGAAGUAACAGAAAAUAUUGCUUCAACAAUGUCUGUCCACCUGCUGGCAUAGCGGGACUUUUAGGCACAGUCAAUGUCCAUUACAUGUGAGACAUAGGAAAGAUAGAGAGAACAAGAAAACUGUCCUUUCAUUAAUAUAGUUCAUCCCUUUUCCAAUGGCUUGAGUACCAGUCUGAGUGUCCCAUUCCUUAAAAUUGUACGUGCUACGUCUGGCACUGUGACCAACUUGGUCCCUGGGACUCGUGUGUUUAAUUCAAGUCACGUAGCAGUUUCAACAAUCAAGAGCUUGUCAUCACCAGCAGCUCUCUAUUCCCAAGCGUGUUUCUCGAAGAGCUUGACUCACACACCGUUAUGCGCAUAAUGAGUCGUUCUGUUGAAAUCAAACAGAUUUCGUUGGGUUUCUGGAAGAUUUCAUGUAUUGACACUAAAUCUUUUCUACUGGUUUAAUUAGACUAAGACAUAUUCAGUGGCCUGAUACAGAGAUCCACUCUUUAACAGAGAUGUUGAUAUUAGAGAUGUGCCUAAUGCUGUGUAAGCACCGGCUCAUUUCGUUAGUUUAGUUAGCAAUUUAGCCCCACUGUAGUGAGCAGUGGGACUUUGAUAAGGUAAAACCUUGAUUGCCUUUGUUUCGGUGUUGAUAUUGGGCGAGUAUCGAACUGGGGCUCAGCGCGACGUGACUACGGUACUGCAUGACCAGGCGAAUAAAAAUAGUGGGCCGUCUAUUGAGUCCUAUCUUUGAAGAAGUGUUCUGUCCACACGAGGUACAAACUUUUGUAAAACAUGUAGGACCAUCAACUUGAGCCCUUUUUUUGUAUGCCAUAAUAGACAGAAAGUAACAGAAGAACAGUGAUUCCCCAACCCAAGUUUAUACUGUAUGCUAUAGCAGUGCUAACCUUUGUGUAUGUUAAUAUACUGUAAAAAGUCAUUAUAAAUGUUAAAUUACAGCCACUUUUGUUCCUUAUUUCUUCUUAAAUUCAAAAGAAGAGAUAAUCAGUAUCAUAACUUGCAGAGUGCGUCUACAUAUCAAUUCAGCAUGAUCACUUAGUAAAUGCCAAUUUUUUGUUGUUGUUUGUUUAGGUUAUGGGGAGAAGGUUUGGUGGCGCAAUCAGCCAAAACAAAUAGAUCUUUGAGUUAAACAUCGAUUUUUAAAACAAAUAUUCUUAUCUACAAGGGGAUGAAACUCAAACCUCCUUUUCUGUGGUGGUAUGAUUCAGAACCUUGCACUCUGAUGAUAAUGAUGAUUAUGAUUAUUGUGAUAGUAGUAAUAAUAAUAAUAAUAAUAAUUAUUAUUAUUAUUAUAUGAAAAAAUAUUUCAGUGAAUACUUUUAGAGAAAUUACAGUAAAAUGUUUUUCUUUAAAGAAUGUCGAUUCUAGGCAGAGCCAGAGAAUGUAUUAUCAUUAAAAAGUAAAAGAUAGUCAAUCUCAAAACAUACUGUAAAUUUUAAUUCGGUUUAAAUGCACGAUUUUCUAAGGUCAAUUAAUAGAAACUAAUUUAUGAGUAAAAAAAAAAGAUAAUUAGUAAAUAGAAAAGUGUAGAUACUAGAGUUUCAUUU